AUGGCCACCAAGCCUAAUCGCAUCGUUGUAGCAUUUAACGGAGCCGUUGAAACCCAUGUUUCUACCGAAAUCACUAAUCCCCCGCGAGCCUUCGCCUUUGAAGUCGUAUUCUACCGGCAUCUUUGGCCUGCUACCCUGCGCACCGAAAAACCUCCGAUGCACUUCCACCCAUUUCAGAAGGAAUACAUCGAGGUAUUGACAGGUCGUAUCUGUGUGGAGCAGCGCGGUCACGGAGGUGUCAGCAUCUUGACUCCCGCGGACGGCGAAGUUUGCAUCCAACCAUGGGUACAUCACCGCUUGUAUCCAGUCGCAGCUGAUCUAGCGCAGGCUGCGGCAGAUGAAGGGGGAGAGCCAAUCCGUUUUCGGCUCUGGGGGCAAGAAACUGAUAAAGUGUCGCGGUUAGAUACGAUCUUCUUUGAGAAUUGGUACGGGUAUCAGGAUGAGAUUUUGGCGGGAAAAUCGAUCGAUUUGGUUCAGGUUCUAACGAUGUUCGAUGCAGGAGGCUCCUAUCUCUCUCUACCAUGCUGGGUCCCUUUUGGACGAACAGUGUCCAUGGCAAUGGGGAUCUUGGUUGGUCGCUGCAUUGGUGGACUCUUGGGAUAUCAGCCAUAUUAUCCUAAAUGGACAUCCGACUGGAGACUGGCAUGUGAGAAAAUGAGACAAAGCUGGUUUCAGCGACGGUUUGCAAGAAAUAAAGAGGAUUAA